AUGCCGCCAAAGAAGACUGUAGCCAAGAUGCCGACAGUCAAAGCCAAGGUAGGUUUUGUAGUUAUAUUUAUGGUUUUAUGAUUGCAUAAUAUUAAAUGUAUGGUUUUGUCGCUAUUUUUUUUAUUUAAUUUCAAAAUUUUAAGGUUUUGUAGUUUACUAUAAGUUUUUAACGGUACUCUAUCUAAUUAUGAUCAUUUCAGUCAACGAGAGCUCGCAAGCCAACACAACGUGCAAGCAGCUCUAAAACUCCGAAUCAGAAGCUUCAAAGCUCGCCUUCUUCAUUGUCGUCGUUGUCGCCAAACACUCGUGCCAACACCAGAAGAAACUCCAUGACCAACCCAGCUCCGGAAGACAUUUUUAGUGAUUCCUCUUCUGACGACGAACACAGAAGCCGAUCUCGGGAACCGCGCAAGAGUGGUAAUGCUACAAAAAAAGUAUUCAACAGAACAAGAUCAGGAUCAAGAGAUAGCGAAAGAACAGCCUUGUCCAAGUCUAGUGCUGGUGGUCCUUCAACUGUGUUCAGAAGUCCGUCACAAUCUCCAUCUUCUGAUUCUUCUAACACCAAAAGCAGAGAUUCAUCGUCGUCCAGCAGAAGCUCAAGUGAGUCGAGUGACACCUCGACGACCUCAAGCAGUAGUUCGACAGCCAGCAAAGGCUCAAAGAGAUCACGUGGUAGUGCUAAAGCUAAGAAAAGAAAGAGCAACCCAAAGGGAAAACGAUCGAGAUCAAACAGUGCUAAUUCGAGGAAGUCGGACACUUCUCGGACUAGCGUCAACUACUACACUAAUAGCCUGCCACGCGGCCUGGACUGGAAUGCAAUUCAACAAAUGGUGCCGCCGCCGUACGGUAGCCCUUGGUCUGGGUGUGGUAUGCCAAUAGAUCAAAACGUUAGGAGAACUAUUGUAAGUGAUUCUUGAUUUAUUUAAUUUUUAAAAAUGGAUUUAUAAAAUUUUGAUAUUUUUUAAAUAAAAAAAAGAAUAUUGCAUUUCAAAUUAAUUUUAAUAGUUCAAUUAAAAAUUUUAUUUUCAGAUGAGGCCGAAGCCACCACAUUACAGCAACCGCACCAAACGAGCCAAGAUUGUGCUCCAGGUGUCGCGAGUGCGGAAUCAGAUGAAACGUGAACGACCAGGUAAACGGAUCGGGCACAGAACGGCGGUUGUAGUGAGUGCAAUCGCCCAGUAUAUCGUUACGGAGCUUCUGGAGAUGUCGGCGGACGCUGCGGGGCUUCUGAAGAAGAAGCGAAUCACUCCACGAUGCUUGAACAUGGCCAUCCAGACGGACGAAGAGAUGGCGUACCUCUUCAAAAAUGACAUAAUCGCUCACGCUGGCUACGUAAAGAAGUUUUAUUGA